UUGCAUUGCAAGGUUGUCGAGCUCCUGUCUCCGAGAGCCGCUCCCUUCUCCCCACAUUGCCUUCGCUCCGCUCACCCUUCUUCGAUCUCAAUCCCGCCGCAUUGAUUGAGGAACCUUGGGUGAUCAUGGAGACUGGGCGUGGAUGUCUCGCAAUUCCUCUCCUUCUUUCGAUCCUCUUGCUUCCUUUGGGAUUCCCGACCACUGGUGCCGCCGAUGCUUUGAUUCGGAUAGGUCUGAGGAAGAAACCGUUGGGUGAGAAUGGCCGGAUCGCAGCCCGGCUUUUGGAUAAGGAGGGGAAGGAUUUGAUGGCCCGGAGGCACGGAUUGAGAGGUGGUGUUGGGAGUAAUGAGGAAGAUGAAGAUAUUGUUUCCCUCAAGAACUAUUUGAACGCUCAGUACUUUGGGGAGAUUGGCAUCGGUUCCCCUGCGCAGAAGUUCACCGUGAUUUUUGAUACGGGUAGCUCGAAUCUGUGGAUUCCUUCUUCUAAGUGCAUCCUCUCGGUCGCUUGCUAUUUCCAUUCGAAGUACAAGUCAACCGCAUCCAGCACAUACCAGAAGAAUGGAAAGUCUGCAGAAAUCCACUAUGGAUCUGGAUCAAUUUCUGGUUUCUUUAGUGAAGAUCAUGUCACCAUCGGUAACCUAAUUGUUAAAAAUCAGGAUUUUAUUGAAGCCACUAGUGAACCAAGUGUCACAUUCCUGGUUGCCAAGUUUGAUGGGAUUCUAGGACUUGGAUUUCAGGAAAUAUCAGUUGGGGAUGCUGUACCUGUGUGGUAUAAUAUGGUCAACCAAGGACUUAUCAAAGAUCCUGUUUUUUCAUUCUGGUUUAACCGAAAUGCUGAGGAAGGGGAGGGAGGUGAAAUUGUUUUUGGAGGAGCUGAUCCAAACCACUAUAAGGGUGAACAUGUAUAUGUCCCUGUUUCUCAGAAAGGUUACUGGCAGUUCAACAUGGGAGAUUUGUUUAUUGGUGAUGAAGCUACUGGCUUAUGUUCUGGUGGGUGUGCGGUAAUUGCAGAUUCUGGAACUUCUUUGAUUGCCGGGCCAACGGCUGCUAUUGCAGAAAUUAAUAACAGAAUCGGAGUUUCUGGUGUUGUUUCUCAAGAAUGCAAAGCAGUAGUUGCUCAAUAUGGGCAACGAAUUUUUGAAAUGUUGAUAUCACAGACACAACCUACCAAAAUGUGCUCUCAGAUUGGUCUAUGUGCUUCUGAUGGAACUGGUGCCGUUAGCAUUGCCAUUGAGAGCGUAGUCAGUGAAAACAAGGAUGUUUCAUCUAGUCUGCACAAUGAUGCUAUGUGCAAUGCUUGUGAAAUGGCACUUGUGUGGAUGCAGAAUCAGCUAAGCCAGAACCAGACACAGGAGGAAAUGUUGAAUCACAUCAACGAGCUAUGCGAACGGCUGCCAAGCCCCAUGGGAGAAUCAUCUGUAGACUGUGCUGCCAUACCUUCCAUGCCUAGUGUCUCUUUCACCAUUGGUGAUAGGAUAUUCGAGCUUCAACCAGAGCAGUACAUUCUCAAGGUUGGUGAGGGAGCUGAAGAACAGUGCAUCAGUGGGUUCACAGCUUUGGAUGUUCCACCACCACGAGGCCCUCUCUGGAUAUUGGGAGAUGUAUUCAUGGGAGUCUAUCAUACUGUGUUUGACUAUGGCAACUCGAGAGUUGGCUUCGCACAAGCAGCUUAGACAAGUAUGCGAUGACUUGAUCAUAUCCUGAAAUACUUGUUUUAAGUGUUUUAUUAUUAACGCAAAGACAGUAUAUGUGUACACAAAAUUGUGUUUGCUAUGUUCACUCUCCUUGAAUUACUAAAAUGCGUUUGGUAAUCGACUUGUGGUUUUCA